AUGGACGACGUGAGUCAGGCACGGAAGGAAGAGUUAUCACUUAAAAUAAUAUCCAAGAAACCGCUCAUGCAAAAUAAUGCCAUCCAACAUAAUCCGAAGAACUCUCAGGAGUCGAGUGUUCAUCUCGAAGUAGAUGGAGUAAUUACCUUCGACGCUCGUUCCAAUGAAAAAGAAACUUGUGGGAACAGCCACGGUGAAGUUUAA